UGAAAGUACAUACAUCAAAGUGACUUUCCUGACUAUAUGUGAACACAAAUAUUCGGGCACUGAGACAUUUACAGCUAGAUCAUCCGCCCGGAAUGGAGCGGCUAAUUAUUAUAUUGGCCCUGGUCAGCUCUACACUGGCAGGGCCAAUCGUGUCCUAUGACAGAGACACGUGCUCUAGAACAUGUACAGAUUCCAACAAGUUUGGCUUUGUGCCUGGCCGUACGUAUGAGUAUGACUACGAAGCGGGUGUACGUACGGAGGUGCGAGGGUCCUCGUCCGAUCAUUCUGCCCUCACGAUGCGUGCCACUGUCCAGCUGGAGAUCCUCUCCAAGUGUGAACAUUCACUUAGGUUGAAGAAUGUGAAGCUGUUAGAGUACGACCCAGAGACUGAAGCCUUCACCCCAGCUUCGGAGGAGUUUUCCACUGCACUGGAACAGAUUCCAGUCCGUCUUUCCUACCAGGAUGGCACCAUCACUGACGUGUGUCUGUCAGAGAACGAGCCUGCAUGGGUGAUGAACACCAAGCGGGGAAUCAUUUCGCUGCUGCAGAAUAACAUGGAGGACUUCAAGAAGAACCACACAAUCUCUGAGACUGAUGUGUCUGGUGUGUGUGACACUGACUACAGUGUUGGGGAGUCUAGCUACUUCACGACAAAGGUGACAAAGACCAAGAACCUGCUGGGCUGUACAGACAGACACCGCUACAACACUGCCAUCCAGGGCAUGCCUUACACAUCACAGUCGUCUAUACAGUCCCUGCCACUGCUGCGUAGCAAUCACAGCUGUGAACACGAGAUCUCUACUGGCGGUAGUCACCUGACUUCUGUCUCCUGCCAAGAGGAACAUGUGUUCAGACCUUUCUCCACUGAUAACAGUGGCGUCACAACUGUCACCACACAGACACUUAAAUAUGUCACCAUGACAACUGGAACUCGCUCACCAGCCCCAAUCAGAGAGAGGGUUUCACUGAAGUUUGAGCAUGAGGAUCACAUAGAAAGUGAGGGGCGUUCACGCAAGGAAAUCACACGUAAACUCAUGGAGAUCUGUGAGAAGACAAAGGCUGGAGUUCGUCCAGAGACCCCACGACUCUUUACCGACCUUGUGUAUCUGGUGAAGAUGGCAGACAAGGACACGCUGACUGAUGUAUACCGCACACUUUCUGGAGACGCACUCUGUCCGGACAACAAGUACACCACCAGCAAAUUUUUCACGGACUCUCUGCCUAUGGCUGGAACAAGCGCAUCCCUUGGUGUGAUGACAGACAUGAUCAGCGCAGGCCAAGUGUCCGCGACCGACGCCGACAUGUGGAUUACCUCACUUAACUUCAUCAAACAUCCCACACAGGACAUGCUACGAGCUGUCAAGCCUCUGAUCAACAUGGAGCAAUUCGAGGGUAAGGCGAUGCUGUCUGUUGGAACUCUUGUGCACAGCUACUGCUAUCACCAUGGCAACUGCCAGGAAGACACCAUUGUCAAGGCGAUUGUAUCCACUAUUUCCAACAAGAUAGCUGGUGGCUGUAAGGUCAAUGAUGACAACAUGAAGACGACUUUGUAUGCCCUUCGCGGUCUGGGUAAUGCAGGGUGGGCCAGUAGCGCCGUCCCAGGACUGGAGCAGUGUAUGGGGGCUCAGUCAAACCCUAUUGAGAUCCGCCUUUCCGCCAUUGAAGCCUUCCGCAGAAUGCCUUGCACAGAUAAGAGACGCGGCAUCAUGAACAUCCUUCAGAACAGAGAGGAAGAUUCAGAGCUGAGGAUCGCUGCAUACCGUGUGCUCAUGGAGUGUCCCUCCGACCUCAUACUGGCUUUCAUCAAGGACAUCCUAGCUAACGAGGAGGUGAAUCAGGUUGGCUCGUACAUCUGGACACACCUGACAAACCUUAUGGAGACAUCAGACCGCCACAAGCAGGACAUUCGUGCUCUUCUGGAGGACAAGGACCUCAAGAAGGAGUUCAACAUGGACAAGAGGAAGUUCUCCCGCAAUUACGAGGGCUCGUUCUUCAUCGAAAAGUUCAACACUGGCGCCAAAGUCGAAGGUGACCUCAUCUGGUCACAGAAAUCAUUCGUUCCACGGUCGGCGGCAGUUAACCUGACCUUUGACCUGUUUGGUCACUCAGUGAACCUGUUUGAACUUGGUGGGCGCGCCGAGGGGCUUGAAUACUUCCUGGAGGCCAUGCUUGGCCCCAACGGCUACUUUGGACAGGAAGCUCGUGAGGAAACUCCCAGCACUGACCUGGCUAUUAAGAACACCAAAAUGGACAAGAUUGAAAAGAUGGAUAAAAGGAUGGGUGUGUCCAUGUCAGACCUGCGAGGCUCCAUGUACAUGCGCAUGUUUGGUAACGAGCUGCGCUACUCCAACUUUCAUGGCCUGGAGGACCUACUGUCAAGUGCUGGCAUCAACAUUCCUGAGCUCAUCAUUAAGCUCGCCCAGGACAAUGACUACAGCUACAGCCACUCGACCAUGUUCAUGGACAGCAGCUUCAUUGUGCCCACAUCGACUGGUUUCCCACUCAACCUGACCGUAAACGGAUCAGCCACCGUCGACCUCAAGAUGUCAGGCAAGAUGAAUCUUAAACAACCACCCAGUCUUGACAUCAAUGGACGCAUACAGCCCAGUGCUGCUGUGGACAUCUCGUCAAUGAUGAGCGUGGAUGCACAUGUGACUCGCACAGGCCUGAAGAUGGUAAGCACCCUGCACACAAGCACAGCGGUGGCUGGCAGCAUCAAUGUUGACCCAUCUGGUUCCAUAUCAGCCCAGUACGACUUGCCUGAGGACCGCCUAGAGAUCGUCGACGUCCAGUCCUCCUUUUUCACAAUCCACCGCAACGGGGAGCGCAAACAGAACAUGAUCACAGACAACCGGCGUUCAAAGAACCUGUGCACCCCAGACCAGGUCACCACGGUGAUGGGUGUGAGCCUGUGUUUGGAAGUGGCAUACCCAAAUGCCACGCUGAUGAGUGAUGCCCCCCACUUCCCCCUCACUGGACCAGUGUCCGCUGGAGUUUACCUGUACAAGGAUGACUCACACACUUCGUACAAAUUUGCUGCUAAAUCCAAACAUGAUGCCAAUGAGAACAUAGUGCGUGUGAUGUUUGACACACCUGGAUCACGGACAGACAGACACUUGGAGCUUGAUGUCACCCUCAAUAAACGUGACAUGGACCUCAGUGUCACACUUACUUCUCCAUGGAAACAGGCCAAUAUGCAGGGUUCUCUGAUCUAUGCUAAGAAAGAGGUGGGUGUACGGGGUAAGCUUGCCAUUGAUGGAAAGUUGCCAUACUCCCUGACUGCUGGAAUCUCCUCUGACGUCACCGGCAAUACAGUCACCUAUACCCCCAGUUUGGAGGUCAUGAGCCCCAGCCAACAGCCAAUCAAAAUCGAGGGUGUAGUCAGUGCGAAAGGCGACAUGCAGUUUGAUGCCAUGGUUGAUGUGACCGGAAUCUUGAAAGACCCGUUCAGUGCCCAAAUGACGCUGCACAACAAAAUCAAGCUGGUUGGUUUCCAGGGCAGCGUGAACCUCGCCCGUAACCAGCAGUACGCCCUUGAUGCCACCAUUGGUAUUACCAGCUACAAGAAGAAAACCCUGUACAAGCCUCUCGUAUCCCUCCGCACCCCAACCAAUGAGCUCCUCGCCUUUGGAGGAACACUCGGUCUCUAUGACAACAAGGUUGACUUCAAUCUUGUUCUUGACAAGAUCGUGCAGAAGUCUGUUACACUCAAAGGUGCCCUGGUACAGAUGGUAAAGAAGGGUGGACGUGUGCUGUACCGUACAAACCUGAACUUUGCGUCAAGUCCUGCUGACUUCCGCCUGAUCUGGAAGGUUGACAACAGAAAUUAUCGAGUGAUCACCAAUGACUUUGAUUUCACAUAUGUGAUCAGACAGGUUGCCCGCAACAGCAUCAAGAUUGUUUCCAAGGUGAUUAACCAGAGCGGCAAAACACUGUCAAAAGGAAAGGCUAACAUGAAUGUUGUGGUGAAGAGGAACCCAGAGUUGAACUUCAAAGUGUUGGCUGGUAUGGACCACAAUGCCAAGCACAGUCAGUUUGACUUUGACCUUGUGUACGGCAAGGACUUCAAGGACGAGAACAAGCACGUGGAUAUCUCCAUUGAGAUGAACAGGAAGGGAAACUCCCUUGACAAGGCCUCCGGAGAAAUCAAGUCACGCAUCAGGAUCCCAGCUAUGGACCUUACAAGCCAGUUUACUGCUCAGCACUCUCACAUCCUAAUGGAGCACUUCAAUACAAGCUUUAUGGUGAAGAGUAGGGGGCAGUCAGUGUCAGGAAGUGUCUCAAUGAUGGACAAGUCAACCAAAGAACUGGUCGGUCUCUACGGCGACCUCCAGCUCUCACUCCCCAGCUAUGACAUUGGCUUAGAGCACAUUGUACAGCAGGAACCAUCUGCCAGAAGCAACUAUGUCAGCACCAUCAAUGCUCAGUUUAAAAAGGGCCAGAAGAACACCAUUGUUACUACUUAUGCAGACAGGGGAUCUACAGUUGCGAUUACAUCACGUUUUAAUCUUUUUGGUCAGGCUCCGGCAAAACUAGCAGGAGAGUUUGGUUUUGGUCCCUCCAUGGUGACAAUAGGAUCAUUUGAGAAAGAUGGACAGAGGUAUUUUGGAUCACUGCGCGCGUCAGAUGAUGAGAAUACAAACAAGCUUAGCCUAGAGGUGGAGACUCCUGGUCGGGAAGCAGCCAUCAACCUGAUGGGCAAGAUGAUGUCAGACAUGUACUCCAUUGAUGCUGAUGCCAUGUGGAAAUCACUCAAUGAGAACAGACAGCGAGCCAGUAUGCAGGCCUGGAUGGAGCCACCAGCUGCCGGCAAGUUCAAUGGAUCUAUCACAACAAAUGUCGCAGCCAGAAAUGUCACCCUUAAUGUUCACCACCAGACCAAGGCAGCUACAUAUAUUACACAUGCUGACCUCCUGUGGGAACCAAAAAAGAUGAUCACUGCUGACACCACAUUUGAGCUGCAGGCCAAUAGGUUUGCUAGUAGCGUACUUCUCACCACACCCUUCGUUAGUCUACCCACGUUGAAGGUUGACUUUACUCACGACAGCAAUAUGGAAGAGUACAAGACCAAUGCAGUUAUAUCUUGGGAUGAGACAAUCUCUUUUGAAUCGGUCCUGAAGAAGCCGAUCAGCCUUAAAACCCUAGUGGCCACAGUCGAUCUUGACACUACCUUCAAGGCUGCCAGGAAGGCCAAUAUCUUCAUCAACCACAAAAUGAGCAAGUCAAUAGCAUCUGAAGCCAAAUUUUCUUUGAACAAGCAAUUAUUAAACUUUAUUGUCACUGUGCAGAACACAACAAAGGGCAGAAAAGUUGGAUACACAGGAACUGUUGACAUCAAGUCUUCUAUGAAAAACAUGAAGAAGGGCAAGCUAAUGUUCAGCCAUGACAAUGAUGGCAGGACAUUCAACACUAUGACCAGUUUCCUGAGGAACCGUCAGGAAUAUAAACUCGACAGCAAGGUGACACACGUCUCAUCAGACACCAGACUCGACAACUCUGGCUCUCUAAUCCUCAGUAUCCCCAACAGCAAGACUGAGGUAGGCUGGAACCACAGGCACUCCAACCAAGACAUUGCUACAACAUUUACAGCAACUCAGGAUAAAAAUAUCUUAUUUGCAAUGUUCAACAGAAAUGUGAAUGAUAAAAAAUACACAACAGGACUUGAAGUUCAAACUGCACUCAAAAACUUCGGAAGCCAUUCUUUUAACUUUAGUUCAAUACUACACAUGGAUAAGAACAUCACUGCUGGAAUUACACUCCUAAACAGCGAGAGAAGUCUUGGGUCAGCAAGCCUUAUUUUCACACCCAAGCCCCAAGACAAAGGGUUUUACACAGCUGCAAGCCUGGCCAUCCCUGACCUGGAUGUGAACUCCAUAAUCUCCCUGGAGGGGACCGAUGGCAAGGAUGCAAAUAUUAACUUUCUUGUGGAUAUCUCACCCAAGAUACGUAUGAACUUGAGAGUUGCCAAUGCCCUCAUGACAAACACACAUUUGUACCGCUCCACUAUGGUGUGGACUUCCACUCUGCCAGGCUAUGAAGAGGUCAUGUAUACUUAUGAAAUAUUUGAUGAGAUGGACAUUCUGAAAACCAUCACCACCCUUGAGUACAGCUCUGGAAAAGUCAUUAAACUUGCCACCACUCUAAAGAUUAAAAAUAAGGACUAUCACACCUCUGGCAUUCUCACUACUCCAUUCUCUUCCUUGCCAAGAAUGUCGGGUGAAAUCAGCUUUGUAGGUUCCCCUGACGCAUUCAAGAGUGAUGCCAGCUUAGAGAUAUUGCCCAGCCUCAGCUCUACCAAGGUCACCGUGCACUGGAGCUCUAAAGACGGUAUUGCCAGCAUGGUCCGCCUUGACAUGCCUAUCCCUGAACACCCGUAUGUCAUUGUGGAUGUCAAUGGAAGACUUGGCACUGACUUUGUCAGUUCUGAUCUCCAUGCAGAGGUUACCUAUAGCCCCAGUGAAUCUGUGAAGGCCGAGUUUUCGCAUGCCAUCAGCAACAACCUUGUGUCAGCAGCCAAAGUCAGUGGGCCAUUUGGUACUGGCUCACUUUCCAUCGAUGGCAGCCCAGCCAGAGUGCUGGGAAAUGUUGGUAUUGAAUCCAGCCUUGGAAGGAAGUAUGGUGUGGACAUUUUGUACAACAACAAGAAGAAGCUUGAUACCACUGUAACAUUGACCCAGCAUGGGAAACGAGAUAUUAUCCUCUAUGUAUCACACUCGGGCAAGGCAACAGAUUUCACAACAAAUGUUGAAAUCAAGCACAACAAAAAAAACAACUUUGAGUCUGAUAUCAAAUUCCAGUUGACUGAGGGUAUGUUCCUUUCCGCUAAAGGAGCGUUGAGAACAGAACUGAUUUCUGAUGCAGAAAGUUACGAAUCUUCAUUUAACUUAGAAAGUUCUCAGCAAAAUGUUAUCAUCUCUGGAGAUUUUACCAACAGCAGCCAAGGCAAGACAAGCUUCGAUGCUUCACUAGACAUUACCCAGGGUGUGCAGGGUUACCUAGCCGCUGUCUCACCAGUCUUUAGGAACAUCCGCUCCUCCUUCAGCCAUGUUAACCAGGGCAACUUCAUUCAGUCAAAGGCUGACUUCACUCACGGUGGUCAGAAGAAACUAGAUGUCUCCAUUACAUUCUCAAAUGCAUUUUCUACAACUGGAGAGAUCAGUGUGAAGACUUUCAAAACACAGGACCUUGAUGUGAAAACACAAUUUGAUGGUCAUCUUGAUGACUUUGUGUUCAAAACAGAUGCCUCAUAUGGCACAAAGAAGGGAUUGUUGGAAGUAACCCAGACCAUGAAACCCAAGACUUUCCACCAAACCAUCUCCAUAAAGGCUACUGGUCUGGAUGACCUCUCAACAGAGAUUAGCCAUAAUGGUGAUUUGAAUCAGCUUAGGUCAUUUGUUGAGAUGAAUGCUGGCAACGAUCGGCACAGACUUGAUGCCACAUACAGCCACCUGAGGGAGGGAAGCAUCUCCCUGUCAUCACCUCUCACCUCCCCAAUCAUAGCAAGCUUCCUGUACCAGAGGGAGCAGUCACAGGCCAAGACCCACGCUGAGCUCCAGUUUGGUGCUGAUAAGUCUAAUCUUGACCUUCAUCUAAAGUCCAGUCCCCUGGAGGCCAGUCUGAGCCUGAAUACCCCAUACACAAAGGAUGUUUCCCUGUUUGCACAGCAUCUUGGCUCUUUCCCAAAUAUCAACUCCGAGGCUAAACUAAGCAUUGAAGGUGAAAAGGACAAUGGGAUAAAACUGACAGUUCGCAAGGCUGCAAAAUGUUCUGCUUCGUUGGAGCUAUCUACAAUGUUUACUGAAGACCUAGAAACUUCAGCCUCAUUUGAGAACAACAAGGCAAGUAAGACAGUAGACAUGUCAGCAAAGUACAGCUAUGGAACCAAGACAUCUGCUGCUGAUGUCACAUACUCCUAUGCCUCAGGUCAUCAGGGUCAUCUGUCAGUCACUUCACACCUGAUGCCUACAUUGACUGCUGGGUUCACACAUGAGGGAAACAUGGACAGCUUUAAAACUCAUGCUCAGUACCUAAUAAGCACCAACAAGUCGGAAGUGGAGGUUUUCUUCAACAGUGUGGGUAAAUAUGAGGGUCUGGUGUCGCUCCGGUCCCAUCUCACUCCAGACAUAUCCAUGGGCUUUGGACACAGAGGUUCAAUGAAGAACUUUGCAUGCCAUGGAGAGUUCUCAAUUGCUGGAGAUAAGACAGAGGCAGACAUCUCUGUUAACAUGGAGACAGACGUGUCCACUGGGUUGACACUCAGACUGCCUGGGAAGGACGACAUGACAGCUAAAUACACCCACACAGGCACUUUACAAGACUUUGCCUGUCAUGCAGAGUUCGACAUGGGAGAAAAGUGGGAGUCAGACCUUUCAUUUAGCAGCACAAACAAUGUUCAAGGCAAAUUUUCACUCAGCCCUCCAACUUAUGUGAGCCCUGUACAAGCGGAAUUCUCAUUGAGUGGAAAACCAGCAGAUUUCAAUGGACAUGCUGAAAUAACCAGAGGGGAGGAGACAUCCAGUUCUGACAUCCUAUUCAAACUGACAUCCGACGAGAUAAGUACCUCAUUUAAACUAAAUACUCCACACAUGGCAAACAUUGACACAUCUCUCAACCUUGUGAAUGGUUAUGGAAAGUACAGUGUAGAAGCUGGUAUAACGGUGAAUGAAAACAGGAAUGCAGUAAAGGCCACCCUCAACACUGACUUUGACAAGCGGAACAAAAGACUUAACCUCGAUGGAGCAUUCAAGCUGACAUCCCCACUCUGCAAGAACAUUGACUCGACAUACAAGUUUAGUCUGAAUCCUAAAAUGUCAUAUGGCUGGAUAAACAACCAAGGGCGGACGUGGAUGAUGUUUAGCUAUGAUGUGGAAAAUAUUAAGAGUAUAUUCAAAGUUGAACUACGCCUUUGGGAGCCCCAUUUCUCUGUGUAUUUCACGAACAACCAGACGCUUAGUACUGACAGGAAAUUAGGCUGGAAUGGGAGAUGGGAGGUGUACUUGGGUGAAAAUCAAUAUUACAUGACCACCGUUGUCAGCGAGUCAAAUUUGGAUGUACUGUUAGGCUCCCCAAUCUAUGCUGACCUCUUUAUUAAACUUACUGGAAAAGCAAGAAACUUUAAUGGCUUCAUUAAACUUCUGUCAACAAAAAGAAGAAUGUAUGAUGUUGAAAACAGCUUGACAGUCAGUCUGAAUUUUGACAACAUUAAAUCCAUCAAGGGAAGCUUUGAAGUUAAAUCGCCAUACAUUCAAGGAGUAAAAGGGGAUUUCAUUCAGACAAUAGAUAAAGAUACAUAUAAGCUUUCUGAGAGCAUCACCAUGGAUGAAGUUGACUGGCUCAGCUCAUCUGUCCAGCUGGUGAACUCUGCUGAUAUCAUGAAGGCUGACAUUGAGGUGAACAAUGGUGCACUGUACAAGGUUGUGGUCACAGCAACAAAUAAAACUGAAUAUCUCGAACUGAAUGGUCUACUCACUCUUGGAUCAGACACAAGUUCAAUGAGCACUGUGCUACAUUACAGCCCUAUGGAGGUCUCCUUCAACCUAGAGACUCCGUAUAUUCCUGACAUCAGAACCAGCAUGGCACUGUCCGGCACACUGAGCAAUUUCUUGGGACAAUCAGAGCUCUACCUGGAUGAUGAAAAGCAAGGCACUGUCCAAGUCAGGCUCAACACUGCUACUGGCCUGGAUGCCUCAUUUACUGUGGACCUGCCCACCAGAAACGAUGCUCUCACUGGCAGCCUAAGGAAGUCAGUCAAGGGAAGUUUGAAUGAAGUUAGUGGAUCUUUGUUGAGAAAAACACAGAAACUGGUGGAUAUUGACCUGAAAUAUGACAUCCCAAAUAUGCUGAUUGAUUUCAGUGGAAUGUCUGCAAAGCCACACAAGAUUAAUGCUAAAUACCAUUUCACAUUGUCUGAAAGAGAACUGAAAACAAACUGGCAGUUUCAACACAUUGACUCUGAUUUUACUGGUGAUGUUCAGGUGACACCUUCAAAGCAAAUGGUCAAGGUGUCUAUUGAUUCUGACAUGGCAGAUUUAGACUUCUCUUUCGAUCACAGUGACAGCAAGAUGACAUUGUCAAACACUCUUCUGUAUGACAGAAAGACCUGGACAAGUGAGAGCUCUUUGUCUUACAUUGACAGUAUCGAUGGCAAGUUCAUGGUCAUCUCCCCUGACCGAGAUCCGCUGUCUGGAUCCUUCCUGUACUCUCACAACCUCGCCAACAUUGCUUCCGAGGCAAGUUUCAACUGGAACAACACCAUCAAGUAUGGAUAUAACAUCAGUCUCGUCUUCAACACAGGGUUUACUGGUUAUCUGACAGUUUCCACACCAUUUGAUGGAUACACUCAAUCUGACGUCACAGUUUACUACAAAGGCUCCCUUGAAGACUUCAGCUCUUCUGCUCAGGUUAAUUUCGGAGGCAAGGGCGUUACACUUACUGCUACUAUGAAUCCAAGUGGAGGUGAUGUAACCUUCAAAUCACCCUUCGAGAGACUGGAAAAUAUUGAAGUAUCAUACUACAGUAACAUCAAUCCAUCACAGAUGCAGGUUGGAGGAAAAGUCCUUUUUGCUGUUGGGGAACAAGUGACAAUUGACAUUGAACACGAACAGAAGGGACUAACAUACGAAUCCAAGGUGUCUCUGUUCUCACCAUUUACUGACAAAGUAGAGCUCACUGCCAUCCACUCCGGGAAGACUGGUGACCUCACUGAUUUGUCAGCCGAGUACAGCAUUAAGGUUGGAGACAACAGUGUUGCCUUAAAGAGCUCACUUCAGCAUGGCCAACAGUUCCUGACUACCUUCUCAUCCCUAAACAUGAUCAUUGAUGGGAGGAAAAACUCAUAUUCAUUUGAACUUAAACACAAUGGAGAAAUAAAGAACUUUAAAACUGAGAUAACUAUGAAACAAAAUAGGAAAGAAGAGGUACGCGUUGAUGUGGCCUUCCAUGUAGCGGACCUGUUCUUGGACACAUCUGUCAACAUUCUCUCACCUUUGUCUGGGUAUGAGGACUUGAAGGCAUCUUUGAAGUUCAGUGCUAAUCCCCAGAGGGUUUCCUCUAAUGCUGCACUUUCCAGGUCUGGUAGUUACGUCUUCACCCACGACAUUGAUGUCUCUGUCCCGGUCUCUAGCCAGAUCUCUGCCAGCUGGCAGAUGCGCACCCCCGCAACACUGAACAAGAUCACAUACAAACACUCCGGUCACAAGAGUGGAUUUGAGUGUGAAAUGGGCUUGACUGCAUUAAACAAGAACCUUAUGGCAAAUCUUGAAGGUACUUACUCCCCGCCCACUCUCAUGUUCAAUGCAGAUACACCAUUUGAUGGCUAUGAGAAGAUUGGUUUUACUGGAAUAAUGAAGAAUGGCCAAUCAUCACAGUACUCUGGUUCAGUGGAGGCCAGCUGGAACCUUAAGAGUAAGAUCUUACUGGAUGGCUCUAUUUCUCUUGAACCUUUUGAUGUCAGUGCCUCCCUCAGUACUCCAUUCACUGCAGCGAAAAUGGUGAAACUGGAAUCUUCACACAAGGAGAUGGCCAAGGGCAUGAUGGAAACAUUGAAAAUUGUCCACAACAGCAAACCAUUGAUUGAUAUUGACUUUGAACACACCAUUCUCGGACAACACAAACAAAUGCUUGUCACAGUACGAUCCCCAAGGCCCGUGGUACUGGAAAUUGAUGGCGACUUCACUCUUCAAAACACAGAUAUUGAAGGAAGUCUAUUACUGGACCAGGACAAUGCUAACAAGCUUAAGCUGGAAGCGGGGUAUGAUGUAAGGUCCAACUAUCUUGCCAACUUCAAAGCCUCUGGCCAGGGACAAGUCUGGUCUUUUGAUGGACUUGCCAGCCAGAGACACAGCAAGGCAGACAUUAUGUGGGGACAAAAGAGCACACAGAAGGCCGGGUACGAGAUCACAUGGACGGACAGGAUGGGCAAUGUGAAGGUAAUCCUGCCGUCCCGCAGCUUGGUGGUGUCCGGGUCAUACAAAGGUCGUGUCACAGAGGGAGAGUUCAUGUGGAACGCAGAUGUUGACAGGAACAGCAAGGUGGGAUUCCGCUCUCUCAUCACCCCAACUGCUGAUUCUGUCAAGGCUGACAUCACUGUCUUCAUGCCUAGCAUCGGAAAGCAGGAGGUGACUCUGGGCUCGGAGGUGGUGGUGAAGAGAGGCCGCAUCAUUUUCGAGGGCCGCACAGAACUCUCAUACUCUCCAGACUCGAGGAAGAAUAUCGUCAUCUCAAGCAAGCUGGAGGAUAUCUCACAGGGAUCCGGCUCCAACUACAGCUUCAGUGUUGGAGUGAGCCACCCGUACACAACAGUCGAUGUCCAGGUGGCCUCCCACCUUGGCCAAUCUCCGGCCGGGUACUCUGCCGGUAUCGGGGUUGAAUACAUGGCCGUCUCCCGCCAGACGAAGACCUUCCUUGUCGGUGGAGCUAUUAACAAACUGAGAAAGUCAGUCAGCCUAGAGCUGAAGAGUCCUGUGAAGUCUGUGAGCAUCUCUGGUAGUGCCCAGACUGGAGACAAGUUCCGGGUGUCGCUGCUUAAUGUGUAUGACAACAAGCGCCCUCUGUCCACUGUGUUCACUGUUGACCCAACGUCACGCGCCAUCGACUUCAUGAUGAACUACAAACUAGACCAGCCAAAUAAUGAGUUCCACAUUCGUGCCAACUAUGUGAACAGUUCUGCGGUGCAGGCGGAGAUGUGGCAUGAGACACAAGGUUCUCGUGUACAGGAUGCCCUCGUCACAGUCCGGUUGAACAACUCCCACCUAAUCCAUUCUCGCAUCCACUGGAGACCAGAGAUGAUUCAAAACUUGGAGGCGUUCCGUCAGAGAGAGGCACAAGACUAUAGCCAACGUAUUGAGCGCUCAGUGAAGCAGAUUCAUGAGACCACAUUUGACGAGGUUGUGCGGAAGUUCCACCUGGUUUGGAGUGCGGUCGGAGAAGAGAUUGGGGAGGGGAAUGUGGUAAAGUUUGAGCGUAUCAUGCUGCCCGUCCUUGACCAAGCACUGCAGAUUUAUGUCAACAUCUCUCAGCCUGUGUACCAACAGAUGAACGCAGUCAUCCUGGAUGCCAGGAGCCGGUACUCUAGCGUAGUUUCCUCAUACAAGGCAUUCAUGGACCGCCCCCUUGUCAACAUGAACAUGGACAGCCAAUUUAAUGAGGAUGUGUUUGCAAACAUGAGAAGAAACAUUUCUGACAAUUUCAACUUUGUAUCAGAUAAGCUGUGGCUGCCAAGCCAGUAUCUGCCCUCUGUUGUUUCCCAGGCGAUAGACAGCACCAUGCCACGCUUUGUCUCCCAGUCUCAGAUUGAAACUGUGUCGAGUGUAGCGCAGAUGUUCACCAAGAGCAUGAUCCAGGAGUGGACAGAGGAACUGGAGGAGACUCUCAGGAAGGUAGAGCGGAUUAUUCUGAGCAACAUCAAGUCCCCGGUGACUGUAUGGGACCCAGCUCAUGGUGAGAUCCAGCUUGAGCAGUACCUACUGGUUCCCCUUAGCUCCCUCGACACAAUUCCCGGCCUCCACCUAGCACGCUACGUGGAGAAACUGGAGGGUCUCGUACCAGAGAUGCCCGACAUCACCCUGCCUGACAUCUACGGGGAGUGGAUACCACCAUUCACAGCUACCGCGACUAUCUCUAAAGGACAGAGAGUGACCACAUAUGAUGGCUUUGUCUAUGACCUUGACAGUGAGUGCACAUAUCUUCUGGCCCGUGACUUCCAUAGCAACAACUUCACCAUCGUCCUUAGCAACGAUGGAGACCGCACCCUCUCCGUGGUUUAUAAGGGACAGCCCAUCUCAGUGAACAUUGAAGGACAGGUGCAGGUUGGUGAAGAACCUCUCAGUCUGCCGGCCGUCAUUGGUGGGGUUGACAUUCAGGAGUCCGCCAAUGUGAUAACUCUGACCGCUGGUAACCACUUCACUGUCAUCUACGACACCACAGUUGACCACAUCACCGUGCGGGUCAGUGGCUGGUAUUUCGGCAAGAUGAGCGGGCUGCUUGGUCUCUAUGACAACGAGCCGUCCAACGACCUCAUGACCUCAUUCAACAGAGUGGUCGACAGCCCUGCACGCUUCAUAAGAACGUGGAAUGUUGCCAGCCAAACCUGUUAAGUGACAUACUGUGUGAUAUAAUGUAUAACUUUUCCAGAGGACUAUUGAAUGUACUUCGACAAAAAACAACAGUAUUCUGCUAAUAUUAUCUUUGCUAUUUAUAUUACAGCUUAUGUUAUUUAUUAUGCGUCAUAUUGUUUCAACUUUUUAUAGUAAAUAGUAAUAGCAGUCAUAAGUAUGCCUUAUGUCAGAUGUAUGAUUCCUUUUUAAUGCAAACUGACUCUGAUCAUGAAAGAUAUGUUGUCUCUGUAUAUUUAUUAUAAAGGUAAUCUUUUAACCAUGUAGAGGAACUGAAGAUUAUUCCUAUGUGCCAAGUUUGUUUGUGCAAUAAUUAUUACAUUUCCUCCUGUGAUAACUAUAAAUUGUGAUAUGUUUCAAUGCAAUUUCUUGUAUAUUAAAUAAAAUGAAAGAAACCA